AUGUCUCAUCAGAAAAAGCAACCCACUCCCAUACCCCCAUGUUGCAAGUCCAGUGGUGGCAGUAGCGGUGGAGGCGGCGGCGGUGGCUCCGGCGGCUGUGGCUUCUUUAGUGGAGGCGGCGGCUCUGGAGGCUGCAGCGGCGGCGGCGGCGGUGGCGGCGGCUGCGGCGGUGGCUCCGGAGGCGGUGGCUCCGGAGGUUGCGGUGGCGGUGGCGGCUCCGGAGGGGGUGUCAAAUACUCUGGAGGCGGCGGCGGCGGCUACUCUGGCGGCGGCGGCUCCGGCUACUCGGGCGGCGGCGGCUCCAGCUGCGGCUCUUCCGGCGGCGGCGGCUCCAGCUGCGGUGGGGGCUCCUCCGGAGGCGGCGGCUACUCUGGCGGCUGCGGAGGCGGUUCCGGAGGGGGCGUCAAGUACUACGGUGGCGGCGGCUCCUCCGGCGGCAGCUCCGGCUGCGGCGGUGGCUCCUUCGGGGGCGGCUCCAGCUGCGGUGGCGGCUCCUCUGGCGGCGGCGGCGGCUGCUUCUCCAGCGGCGGUGGCGGCGGCUCCAAAAGAAGGGGAUCGUCCGGCGGCGGUGGCUGCGGCGGAGGCUCCUCCUCCGGAGGCGGCGGCGGGGGCUGCUUCUCCAGCGGCGGAGGCGGCGGCGGCUCUGGCUGUGGAGGUGGUUCCUCAGGGGGAGGCGGCGGCGGUUCCAGCUGCAGCGGCGGCUCCUCCGGGGGCGGCUCUGGCAGUGGCAAGGGUGUCCCCAUCUGCCACCAGACCCAGCAGAAGCAGGCGCCUAGCUGGCCAUGCAAAUAA